AUGUGGGCAUACAGUACAGCUUUCCAAACCCCCAUUGGAACUUCACCAUAUCAGUUAGUAUAUGGGAAGUCCUGUCAUUUGCCAGUGGAACUAGAACAUAAAGCCUAUUGGGCUACUAGAUUUCUCAACCUUGAUGCUAAAGUAGUAGGGGAGAAACGGCUGCUCCAACUAAAUGAGUUGGAUGAAUUCCGCUUAGAAGCAUUUGAAAAUGGAAAAAUCUAUAAAGAAAAGGCAAAGAGGUGGCAUGAUAGAAAGCUAGCUUCUAGAGUCUUUGAACCAGGACAGAAAGUCCUGCUCUUCAAUUCAAGACUCAAACUAUUCCCUAGGAAACUUAAAUCCUGGUGGAUAGGAUCGUUUGUGAUUACCAAGGUAUCACCUUACGGAUACAUAGAACUUCAAGGUAAAGAAACCAGGUUCACUGUCAUUGGACAGAGGGUUAAGCAUUACUUUGAAGGAGAUAUAGAGCCAGGAGGCUCAACACUGCUACUAAGUUAA